AUGACGAGCGUUAAGCUGUUUCUUUUUAAGACUAUUUUGUCUCGGCAAGAGGCAGAACGCAAUGUCUUGCUCACAGAGUCAAACUCCCUACUAAAGGCCAAAGAAAGUGCCGAUGUCACCAGUGUAAAUCCUUCCAAAGGAAGUACAAAUGGAGCGGUUAGGUUAACAAUUGCAGGUAACGGCUUCGCCCAGAAUCAGUUUAACUAUGGGGAAGGAAACUCUCACCUCGGUAACACUGUCACACUGGUAUCGGGGACCCAUCAGUUUGACUGUCCCAUUCAUAAAGAUGGUACCCACGAGACACAGAUCCAGUGCGAUACUCUUCGUAUGCCGGCUGACUCAUACUCAGUUAAAGUAGCUGUUGAUGGGGUUUCAAUCGACGACAGCAACAUAUGUAACGACUGUCCUUUUGCUCCUAGUGAUUCAAACACACCAACCGUUACUUCUAUUGAGCCUCGUUCUGGUCCUCCAGGUACAAUUAUAACACUUUCUGGAAAGAUCUUCACAGAUAUGUAUGGAAGUAACAAGGAUGAAAGUUCCAAUGGGAAAACAGUCAAUAUUGUACGAGUUUAUGUUGGGGGUCAAAAUUGUGAGCUGAAGCAAGCAGAUGACGUAUUUUAUGGGAUCCAGUUGGACAACAACGGUGACAGUGAUGAUGGUUAUAUCAAAUGUAAAAUCGGAGUGAAUGGCACUAAAAUAGGGAACAUCAAUGGCACUUUCAUCAUUUCUGAUGAGUACGGAAGGGCUGAACCAAGUAAGGACUUAUACCAAGUCAGUGGGAAUUACCAGUUCUACAUGUUCCAGACUUACGCUGAGAUAACCUCGGUCACCCCAGCCACUGGCAGUGUGGAGGGUGGAACCCUGAUCUCCAUCAACGGAAAUAACUUUGACGAAUCUCGCACUGGUGCCGUUGUAAUGGUUGGAGGUACGCCCUGUACUAUAAAGGGCGCCGUGAGUAAAACACUGAUUACAUGCGAGACUGCAGCUAAACCGGUAUCGACUCCAGCCAAACAUGCAGGAAACCGUGGUCUAAAGCUUGAGAUCUGGAAUGCCACCACAAAGACACAGGCUCUUUUGUCCGAAGUUGGAGCUCUAGACAGUAGUGCCGGAGACUACUUCACGGAUUUCCUAGAUGAGGCAUACUACACUGACAGUACCAUGGAUAAUAUGGUCACGAAAAUGAGCGGAUUCUUCAAACCACCUUUUGACGGAUCCUACAGUUUCCAUAUCAUGGCAGAUGAUGGGGCUGAACUUUAUCUCAGCACUGACGAUGACCCUGCCAAUAUGGUGAGAAUUGCUUACGCGGGACUUACAAGCAACUAUGAUAGCGCCAUUAGUCAGAGUUCCUCAAGGAAAAACCUGGCCAAGGCUAACAGAUAUUAUAUGGAAGUCUAUCACCGUGAAGGAACAGUUGGGGCGUACGCCAAAGUUUCAGCUCGCUUCUACGAUACAAAUUUAACAAGGGCUUACACAAACAACGCUAAGUCGGAAGUUCAAAAGAUAGAGGUUACAUCUACCAUUAAACGUGAGAUCCAGGAUAUCACCUUCUCUGGUUUUACUACCGGAUCUUCGACCUCUGCUGUACAGGAAGUCACAAUUGAGGAGAAAGUAUCUGGAUCAGGAGGCCAGUUCAGAUUGUCCCUUUACAAUGCGUUUACAGAUUUAAUCGCGUUCCAGGCGGACUCCGCUGAUGUAGCGACAGCUAUCAAUAAGCUCCCAGUGUUUAGUAGCGGUGAAAGUGUAUCUGUUACGUCACAAACUACCUCCACGAACGGCUUCAAAUACACAAUCACCUUUACAUCGGAUAGGGGAGACUUCCCAGCCUUUGAUUUCGAGACUUCAGCUUCACUUACAGUGAGCGUAACCAAGACAACAACUGGAGUUCCGAGUGGUGCAGUGGUGGCUUUGUCUAUUGCUGGAGUUCCUGCACCGCUCUUGUCACCAGGGGCGUCAUCUAGCGAGGUACAAACUGCAAUGGAGACACUCUUCAGCACAAGAUGUCCGUCACAUAUAUCGAGCCCUGCUGGAAAGAAAGUGCAGUACACAUUUGAAUCUUCCUCUUCUACCCCGUCCUACAACCGAUAUAACCGUUUUAAAGAAAUGGAAGCCUUCUGCGGCAAGUUUGUCGUCAAAAACCCGAGAUAUAUCUUCAGAUCUGAUUCAAACACUGAUCCACUUUCCUUGACGCUGAGCCCAAAGCUAUGUUUCGCUCAUCAAGGGGCUAUCGGGACUAACCUCAGGGUGUCGUACACAUACACAAACCAACAAUCAGAGUCUGUUGAUGCAUGGGCAACAUUGUCAAACGUCAUUACAACAACCGGAACUACAUCGUGGGAAUACAGCUGUGUCGAGGUCUUGACUGCUUUGAGCGCCAUCGCAACUGGAGGAAGCAGAUUUUUCCUGAAUACAGUAAUUGUCUAUCGUUCCGGAGAUAUGUACAUCGAUGAAGUGUACAUGGGUACAACAACGCCCACCACUGAUGCUGGAAUCGCGAUGCAACGUCUAAAGGCAGCCACACCAAACGGUGUACAAGUAGAUAGUGUCACAGUGACUGGGUCAGCAGGUAGUCACCAAGUUACCAUUGUCCCGCUUAAUUGUGGAUACAAUUUCCCACUUUUCACUUCCGCUUCGUCACAGACUCCUUCUGGGGCAAACGUGGCCGGGUCCAGAGUUCAAGCAGCAUCUCCUCCGAUCCAGGGCACGUUUACUGUAACAUUUUUAGGAACGACAACUCCUGCAAUGCCGGCCGACAUUGAUACAGACAGUUUAGCAGACAACUUGAAGUCAAUUGAGGGUCUCAAUGAUGCAUCGGUUACAAAAGACGGAGAUUGCGCCAAUUUCAAUUGGAUGAUAACUUACGACUCUUUGGCCGGGGACCAGGCGCUAAUUCAGGUUGACUCUAGUCGUCUUACAGGAGAAUCUGUUGUCAUGCUACCUAAAGAUGUGACAGACGGCCAUGUUGUUUUUGAUCCUAUACCAGGGGAAUUACUCAGAGUUCCCGAUAGUAAAGCACAGGUGACGACAUUUAUCAAUGAUGUGCCGACUAAAUGUUCUGGAACAUGUGACUUUGAAUGGUUAAUGAGUAGUACGCCUACAGUAACAGGCAUAUCUCCGGGUACAGGGGUCCCUGGUACAGUCGCUACCAUCUCCGGGACGGGGUUUAGUGGAACACCUGCUGACAAUUCUGUAAUGAUUGGAGGCACGGCCUGUGUUGUGACUGGAUCCACAUCUACAUCAAUUACUUGUACAAUUGGCAGCGGCCCAGAGGGCAUUUACAAGGUAGAUGCCAAUGUGGCUGGUUCUGGAAUGGCGCAACACAGUGGUGGUGACGUCAGUUACAUCUAUACUACAGGAAUCAACAGUUUCACACCAUCGUCCAGUAGUUUAGGCGGUGGCGUAAAUCUGACUGUUGAUGGAUAUGGCUUCAGGAGCGAUGCAACAGUGACCGUAGAUGGUCAAAACUGUCCAGUCAUCUCCACAUCCCCUGACCAGAUAGUGUGCGUCAUACCUCCCAAGACAUCAGCUGGGGCUGUAUCUGUGGUUGUGGCCAUGGCGGGAGUUCCAUCGUCUACAGCCUCAAGCUCAUUUACAUAUGAUUCUGGAAUCACCGCUCAGAUCUCUUCCAUUACUCCAACAACAUCAGGGGUUAAAGGUGGAGCUACAAUAACGAUCUCCGGGUCAGGAUUUGGCAGCUCUGGAACAGUAAUCAUCGGUGGUACAGUUGUCUCCCCUUCGAUAUAUUCGAACACGCAAGUGACCGCUACCCUUCCAUCGCUUACUCCAGGAUUGAAGGCUGUUCAAGUUGUCGUUGGAACAGAUGGCGCUGCUGUUCUUUCUAGCUCAAAUGCUGUGCCUACAGUUGACUACCUCAUGAAAGUCACCAACGUUUACCCACUUCAAGGCUCGCUCCAUGGAGGGACCAUGGUUACCAUUACCGGAGACGGUUUGGGUUCUGAUGCUGAAGUAAAAUUUGGAGAUACCGUCUGUGAUGUUGACGCUGCAACUGCUACGUCAACGCAGAUCGUAUGCAAAAUUGGUGACACAGGAAUAGUCCACAAUAUUGACAAUCAGGGAUCGCAUUUCGCUUUUGGCAUUGGUUAUGCUUGGAACCCAAAGAACCUACAAGUGAAUCAGGGUGACACGGUUCGCUGGACUUGGGACUACCCAACCUGGGUGGCCGGAAUGAACCCGAGAGUGCAACAGACCACUAAUGCUAGUUCUAUUGAAGCCGAAACCGAUGGUUUCAGUAGUGGUCCCACUGGAACAAAAACAGGCGCUUUUGAAUUCAAGUUUAAUACAUUGGGCACCAAAUACUUUUGGAGUGAUUAUGUAGAUAUCUAUACAACUACAUGGUUCCGAGGGUCCAUUAGCGUGGUAACCAAGGCAUCGUAUGUUGGAGACUUAAGUGUCAAAAUUGGUGGAAUUGAGGCUGUCUAUGACAAGAAUUCGGGUGUUGGCAACCCUUCAGCGUCCGGAUCCUGUGUCGGUACACUUAGUACUAUCUCCGGCUGUUCAGAUUCUGCACCUACGGGUGGAGGUUCUGGAAAGUUUAACUUCAAGUUCUGGUCAUGUCUGACACCAACAAUUACAUCAAUCAGCAGGAAUAAUGGAACAGCCAAUGAUGAUAUCGUUUUAACUGGAACUGGACUGUCAACCACUAAAUGCCAGAACGAGGUCUUGUUUGGUAGCGAUUCUUGUACAGUUUCCGCCGCCACUGCUUCAUCCCUUACAUGUAAGCUUGACUCAUCUUCAAGUCCCCCUGUCGGUGUACAGCAGGCAUUAGAUGUCCGUGUAGGAAACCUGGGAAGCGCCCGUAUAGCCAUUCCCGGCCAGAUAGCCAAGACAUUUGCUGCAAUUCCUGUUGUUUCUAGUUUCUCUCCUGUUUUGGGAUCAUUGGAAGGAAGUACACCACUGACCAUCACUGGAGCAGGAUUUCAAGGUACUAUGUCGGAUGUCACGGUGACAAUUGGGGGUUAUCCUUGCCCUAUCAACUCUCUCUCCUACACUAACAUUGUCUGUUUCACUCCAUCGUCGCUGACUGAUGGGACCAAAUCACUAGAGGUUAAGGUCAGUGCCGCAGGACAGAUGGUGACUGCAGAAUGUGAUGCCCAGUCAUGUGAUUAUACCUACGACCUUGGGUCUACUCCUAGCGUUGAGUCUGUUUCACCCACAACACUAGACGGUUCUUCAGCGACAUUGACUAUUACCGGGAAGAGAUUUGGAAGUACUAGAGCAGACGUAAGUGUGACUGUAGGGGGCGAGGUUUGCGCUGUAACAAUUGCUGCAGAUACCAAAAUACAAUGUACCAUUUCUGCUGUUCCAGUAGGCUCCCAGUCAUUGGUUGUAGAUGUUACGCCGAAAGGUCGCUCAAAGCACGACCCGUCACCCGUUACUGUCACUGGUCAAGCAGUGAUAAGUUCUGUCAGCCCAUCAGCCGGAAGUACUAACGGCGGCACCUCGGUUUCCAUCUUUGGUAAUGGAUUCGGUUCGGACGCCGGUGUCACUAUAGAUGGCACUGACUGCCCAGUUACCUCUGUAACACUCUCGCAGGUCGUCUGCACCACAGCUGCGCACGCUGCCGCAAAUAAUCUUGACCUUAUUGUAACAUCAGGAGGAACUACCUAUUCAAGUGAGACAUUUAGUCACACCAUUGGAGCCACGCCAGUGGUAGCAUCCGUCUCACCAACAUCCGGGUCUUCGGGAGACACUAUCACACUGAGCGGUUCAAAUUUUGGGGUAAACACAAUCGACAACAACGUCACUCUGGGUGACAGGGAGUGCACUGUGACGUCGGCCUCAACUACGGAGAUAACUUGCAUUGUUGGUAACUACAGGGCCGGAAGCUAUGAGUUACUAGUGGAUGUCGCAGGCAUUGGACUCUCAAAUAACGACAUUUAGACAUUUACCUUCGAUAUGUCUGCUUCUAGUAUCAGUCCCAAUUCAGGAAGUACAAGUGGUGACCAGACGGUGACAAUAUCAGGAUCCGGAUUUGAUAACACCACAUCAGUGACCAUUUGUUCCCAGCCAUGUAUCCGAUCAACCAAAUACAAUUCCACAGAAACACAAUUUAUCUGUGUCACACCUGCUUCAACAGGCACCACAACACAGGCCUGUACUGUAUCUAUCACCGUUAAUGCUGUCACUCAGACGCUUAGUUACACAUAUGAUUCGACAAAGACACCGGACAUCACAGGAGUAACCCCAACACGUGGUGGUACAGGAGGUGGGACACGUAUCACAGUUGCAGGUUCAGGAUUCGGAACGACAGCGUCUGACUGUGCCGUAAGUAUAGAGGGCAGUGUGUGUGCAGUCGUCAGCGUCAGUGCUAGCCAAAUUAUAUGUGACACGGGUUCUAUUCCCGCUUCAGUCCGAGGCAAGGUCCGAGUGGAGAUCGCCGGAAAUGGUCAAGCCAGACAGACUUCCGCGGAUUAUCAUUACGUUGAUGUCUGGUCAUCAGUGUAUUCCUGGGGAGGGGUGUCACUGCCAACAGAUGGUGACCUUGUCGUUAUCCAAGCCGGCCAAACAAUCUACCUAGACACGACCACCGCCACUCUCAAAAUGCUUCUUAUUCAAGGGGGAGAACUCAUUUUCGAUGACAACCAAGAUGUGGAAUUGAAUUCAGAAAUUGUUUUAGUCACAAACGGAGGACUGUUUCAGGUUGGAACAGAACAAACACCUUUUCAACACAAAGCAACCAUUACCUUACAUGGACAUCAUCGCAGUAAAGAGCUCCCAAUAUAUGGUACUAAGACGCUGGCUAUCCGUGAAGGCACAUUGGACCUGCAUGGUAUACCGACACCAGUUACCUGGACGAAACUUUCACAAACAGCUGCUGCAGGUACAAACGUUAUUAAACUCGACCAAGCUGUUAAUUGGAAUGUAGGAGAUCAGAUCAUCAUUGCCACAACUGGCGACAUGAAGUCACAGUCUCAGAACGAACUCAAAACCAUCACAGCGAUAGCCGGAGACCUAAAGACCUUGACCUUAGACUCUAAUCUCGCAAACGAGCACAUUGCCGUCACUGAAAGUUUUGGAACCAGCGCUAACGCAGCCACCAUGAAUUUUGCAGCUGAAGUCGGUCUCUUAACACAUAAUGUUAAAGUUCAGGGCACAAGUGACGCGCAGUGGAUUGAGAAAAUUGAAGCAUGUCCUGACGGCUUUGAUACUGGUGAGUUUGCCACCCAGACAUGUUUUCAAGGACGUUUUGGCGAAGAAAUGGGAAGCGAUCAAUUUGGCGGCCAAAUAAUGAUUCAUGCCCCCGAGUACGACACACAUAGAUCUACUGGCCGUUUACAAUAUGUAGAAUUAUUCCACAUGGGUCAGGCCUUUAGACUGGGACGCUAUCCUGUGCAUUUCCAUCUCAAUGGCGACAUGUCACACUGUUACGUCCGUGGACUGGGCAUCCAUGAAACGUUCAACCGUGCCGUGAAUAUACAUGGUACAAAAAAUCUGCUUGUUGAACACGUUGUUAUCUAUAACGUUAUGGGAGGUGCCUUCUUCUUCGAGGACGGCAUUGAGACUGGUAACAUUAUCCAGUACAACCUAGCUGUGUUCGUACGGGAGAGUUCAAGUCUACUUAACGAUGAUGUCACUCCAGCAUCCUUCUGGAUUACAAAUCCGAACAAUACACUCCAGCACAACCACGCUGCCGGUGGAUCUCACUUUGGAUUCUGGUACCGCAUGCAUGACCAUCCGGAAGGGCCAUCAUUUACCCGCUCUGUCUGUCCCAAACUGAUCACGUUGGGUACAUUCUUCAACAAUAGUGCUCACUCAUUUGGUUGGUUUGGUCUUUGGAUCUUUCCUACAUACACACCUAGAGUAGACGGUAUUUGUGGAUCUUCUGUGCCACAACCCGUAAAUUUUGAUACAUUCGAUGCUUGGAAUAACGAAAAAGGCGUAGAGACUGUGAACACCGGCGCCCUCCAGUUCAGUAAAAUCCGUGCAGUAGCAAACAAAAAGGCUGGAUUUGAAGGCAAACUUAUUGUGGAAGGUGAAGAUUCUUCAAAUCCGUCAAAUGAAGCUGCUAUCAAGGACUCCCUAAUUGUUGGUUACGCGUCAUUUUCACCUAAUUCUGUCUGUACUAAUGGAGCUAUUGUGCUUCCAUACGGAUUCAUGUUUGGGGUAACAAAUGUUGAAUUUGUCAAUUUUGAUAAAUCGAGCUGUUCCGCCUUUACCUGGACAAGAAUAGACGGUACAUGUGGUGACCAAUGUGGUGGGUACUAUUACAAAACAUCAGGUCUGACCUGGACAAAUUCUCCCAAUCGUGGCCGAUAUGAAUGGUUAUUCGAGGGCGUUCUACAUGAUCUUGAUGGCACUUUGUGCAACAGUGUAAAUUGUAAAGUCGUACCAAGUACUGGAACACUCCCACCCAGUUGUACUGCAUUCUCCGAUUUCAAUAACAGCAUACCCGCAAGUGUAUGUCCUUCUUCUGUCAAGUUCCACAGGUUUGGUUUUAAUAACAUUUUGCCUGCUUCUUUAGAAUUCAAGCAAACAAAUUUGACAAAUCAGUACGGAUCAUCCCUCGGCGAGUAUCGUGAAAAACGAAUCACUCACAAGGGCGGCUGGGUAGUAUUACUCGUUAGUACCGAGACCUAUUCUCUUACUUUUGUUGACGCUGCAAUCCAAACGAAUCUCAGUUUCUCUGGCACACUUUACCAUUUCGAGAACAAUGACUAUAUUUAUCUGCGUCAAAAAGUAAACAAGAAACCAGACAGACUAAAGAGUGACGCCCGUGGAUUUGUCGAGUCAUCUGAUGUGACUCUGGAUCCUAGCGUUCAUGUAAACGGGGACUGGACAUACGAUCAUUAUACCAACGAAAUCACAAUUCUUGUAAAAGGAAGUGGUGGAGCGAGCGGUAGAAAAAAGCGUGGUUCUCCCGCUUUGCCAACCGGUAUCGCCAGUAUAUCAUUCGAUUUUCAGGCCUUCAAAUGUUUCUACGCCAACUGUACACCACCACCGGAUCCUAACACAGUACCCCCUGUCACUCAGCGACCAUCGGAUUUCGUGUAUUGGUCAGAGGCAAACUCUUGGACUUGGCUUAACAAUACACUUCCAGUAGCCAAUACUGACCUGACUAUUCCACAAGAGGUGUGGAUGGUAGCAGACAUGGCUAUUCCCUCACUCAAUAAGUUAAUCCUGUAUGGCGUCUUGGAGUUUGAUCACGGCACGUCAGCUCCUUACCGUGACAUUGACCUCAAUGCCACCCACAUCAUCAUUCUGGGAGGGCGACUUAUAAUAGGAUGGCCGGAUGCUCCCUACCUCGGUAACUCUCAAGUCAUCCUUAGAGGCAGCUGGGAUAGUGACGAGUACACAGAUCUCACCAAUGCUCCAACUGUGGGGGCGAAGGCAAUUGGUGUAUUUGGAGGCCUUGACCUUCACGGGAUCGAUGUUGGGGUGUCAUGGACACGGUUAGCUUCGACAGCGAACGCCGGGGCAUCCACAAUCUCUUUAGCACAGGCUGUCAACUGGACUGCGGGUAGCGACAUCGUUCUAGCGACAACAAGUUAUGAUAUGUGGGAAACAGAGACAUUCAGGAUCACUGGAGUAUCUACUGAUGGACUGACGCUUACCCUUAACAGCUCGUUACUGUACAAACAUGUUGUCCAUUCGGAGACAAUAAAUGGAAAAACCAUCAGUCUUGGAGCCGAGGUUGGACUUCUCUCAAGAAAUGUCAAAGUCGUCGGCGAGGACUAUUCUAGAAUGUUUAAGGAAUCAUUUGGUGCCCGGACGUUAGUAGGAACAGCACAAAAAGGAAGCAGCCAGUAUAUUGGUUAUGCUCGCUUGAGCAAUGUGGAGUUUUUCCACACGGGACAGGAAAGCUACACCGAAUUCUACGAUGCACGAUUUUCAUUGACAUUCCUUGAUGGUGGAACAGUCAGCAAUAUUAAACCUUCAUACAUAAACAAAUGCGCCUUCCACAACGGGUUUUCUCCGGCUAUUGGUGUUUUCGGAACGCAUGGUUUGCCCAUAGAAGAUAACGUCGUUCAUCAUGCAAUCUGGUGGGGUAUUGAAACGUCUUCUGAUGAUACACGACUGCGCCGAAACCUGGUAACACUUGUUGUAUGGGAAGGAGCGUACCAAGACCGUCAAGAACCAUUCAACUUCCGCUACAAUGGUGGAAUUCAAGCUCCAGAUGCCAAGGCUAUUAUAAUUGAGGAUAAUGUUGUAGCGGGAGCUGAAAGGGUUGCCUACAGGUUAGGCGCCAUUGAAUGCGGUGCUGUUGGUUAUGGAAGUAAUCUGGCUCACAGUUCCCUAAUGGGAUUCGGGAUAUUUCCCGAAGACAAGUUAACAGUUUCAUGUGUUCAAAUUUCAAAUUUCACAGUUUGGAAAUCUCGAGACGGUGGUAUUUUUUAUGAGAACAGUCCAAGUGCGGAAAUAAAAGACGUUGUCCUAGUUGAAAACACUGUGGGUACUGCACCGUUUAUUGUUGGCCCAUCAGCUGUGGGGCAUGAAACUGCUGAUAAGUAUGUCUUAAUCAAAGAUUCGACAAUAGUUGGUGCGACAACUUCUUUUGACUGCACAUCUGACGCAUUGAAAUCUGAUGAAAAUGUUCAAUUUAGCAGCCAAGGCCGCACGUGGAACACAGAUGGUAGUCACAUCGGCGUUGGGUUUACUAAUUUCUUCCAAUCAUCCAAUAAUAUGCCAAUGAAGCCACAUUAUGGGACCAUGUCUUACUCUUCGGUGUUCGGAGUAAUGAAACUUGACGGUGUGUCAUUUGCUCAUUUCAAAACAACUUGUGGCAGGAACGACUUCGCUGUAACCACGAAUGCGAAAGGCGACGAUGGCCAACAUCCGAUUGAAUCGAAGAACGCAUUUACCACUGAUGUAGCAACAAAUAACAAAAUAUUCUAUCACAGGCCAAAUGUGGGAAAAAUUAACAGUGCCGAUUGUGUGGAUAUGGACUGUGAUGGUCUGAAAAAGGAUUUGUUUACUGACCAGGACGGUACUUUCCUUGGAAGUGUUGGAGCAGUUAUUUCAGAAUCGGAAUGGCAGUGGGGUGGUGAUCCACGCAGAGGUCUUGGUGAUUACAGAAUUCCAAAAACAAUGCUUAGAACAAAUGGAACGCGCAUACCGGUCAAUAAUAUAGCACCUAACAAAGGUAUCAUCCGCAACAGCAACUGUGUUUUACACUCGGCAUGGCAGGCUUAUGAGUGUCACAACCUCAACUACAGGAUUCUUAUCAUCGAAAGUAUGGAUUCGGACACUGAGACCCGCCGAGUAUCACCUGUUGCUAUUCUGGAGACGG